AUGUCCGAGCGAGAGCAGAGAGUACUUCAAGAGCUUGUCAAAUCUCGUGACGCGAUACGACGCAAGGCAUUGAUGCUAAAACGUGGUAGAGAUGAGACUGAAAGAACGGUCGCCGAGACAUUCAAGUCCAUCAUUAAACCCCUCAACAAGCUGGUCACUCUGAAGGAAGAAAAAAGUCCGCCUGUAAAUCAAAAGAAUAAGUUUGUACAGCAGACGGAAUCUGAUCAAGUGACCGAGGAUGAAGAAGAUACCGCUGCAUCGAUUACCAAUGGUGAAAAUGAGAUUAUUAGAGAUUAUCUAAACUUGAUUGAAAAUCGUUCCGAAGAUCUUGAUAAGCUCUACGGCGUCCGCAUGAAAAAUAAUGAAUAUGUUUUGGGCAAAUCACCGAUAGAAAUUGCUGGAAGUAAGCUAAAUAUCGAAAACGUUAAAUAUGACACAAGUGCAGGCCUGCUCGAACUUUUAUUCAAAAGAAGUCCAAACGCUGAUCUUAUUACAUCAACUGACAAGUCUACUUAUAGAAAAAUACUUGAACCUACAAAUGCACACCGGCGUGGUUUCGUUAAUACUGGAGAAAUUUGCAAAUACCGUAGCAAUAAAUUUAGCGAGAUCAUUGAGCCAUUAUUCAAAAGUGGAAGUGGCCUAUUGCCGAGUUAUAAAGUAGCGAAACGCGGGCGCGGUUUAUUGCCUAGCCAUAAAGUAGCAAAAAGUCAUGAUUCAUCGAAAGAUUUCGUUUACUGGAACGAUCCGAACGAGCUAGUGGAUAGGCUCAGACUCCUCGUGGCUGAGAGAUCUGCUGGAAACAAUGCUCACGACAACGAAAUCACCUCCAUAAUCGAAGAACUACGAGAGGCUGGUUAUAUACACUAG